GGACCCCCAGGGAAGCCUGGGGCGCUUGGUCCCCCUGGCCAACCAGGCCUUCAGGGGCCACCUGGCCCCCCUGGGCCCCCAGGUCCCCCAGUUAUCAUCCCACCCACGCCACCGGCCGUGGGACAGUACCUGCCUGAGGUCGGGCCAGGGAUAGACGGUGUGAAGCCCCCCUACGGCUACAAGAAAGGCAAGGCUGGCGGCGCCAUCUAUGAGAUGCCCGCAUUCACAGCAGAGCUCCUCACCCCCUUCCCACGGGUCGGGGUGCCCGUGAAGUUCGACAAGCUCCUCUACAAUGGCCGGCAGAACUACAACCCCCAGACGGGGAUCUUCACCUGUGAGAUCCCCGGUAUCUACUACUUCGCCUACCAUGUCCACUGUAAAGGGGCCAGCGUCUGGGUGGCAUUGUUCAAGAACAAUGAGCCACUGAUGUACACCUACGACGAAUACAAGAAGGGCUUCCUGGACCAGGCUUCGGGCAGCGCCGUUGUCCCGCUGAUGCACGGAGACAAGGUUUACGUUCAAAUGCCAUCCGAGCAGGCAGCAGGACUCUAUGCCGGGCAGUAUGUUCAUUCAUCUUUUUCAGGAUAUUUAUUGUAUCCCAUGUAAAAUAAAAACCAGACACACACACACACGUACACACAAAAUGAAAACCUUUCUUCUCUGCUUCAAACUUAUACCAUGAAAGAUGCAUUUUAUGACCGUUUUGGACCAUCUUGUACAAAAACAAAAAAACCAACAAAGUUUCACAUUAUGCACAGCUA